AUGUUGUCUACAAGGAUCGUGCCUGGUACAAAUCUGGCUGAUAACAAGUCUCGGCAAGAAGGUUUACAGAGUAACAGCAAACAAACUCCAGACUCAUUACGCCCAUCUCAACAAUCUGUUUCUGACAGAUCUUCCAUCGUACAGCCAAUAGUGCUGGUCAAACUUGAAGCCCUAGAAACUACUCCGGAAUUUGAUACAAUCUCUGAAUUCCCACGUUUAUCAUCUCCUUCCUCUGACAAAGACAUUACAACUACUUGCCUGAAUGAAUCUGGCAAUAUUAAGCUCUGUUCUGGCAAAUAUGGCCCUCAGAUCACAUCGGGAGUUGUACUGUCCCCCGAGGAUCUAGAUGAUCUUUACGAAGAAGCGCGACACCACGCCAAGACCAGAUUGACCAACGCUAUUGAAAAUGUCAGGGAAAUCAUUGCAGAUGCAUUUCAUUCUCUUGUACACUGUGAUUGGUUCCAUGCAGAAAAGCUCCUACAUCUUGGUCUGUCUCUAGAAGCCAAGGAUGACUUGGAUGAGAUGGCGCCUUCCACUCUUCCUUUCCUCAAUGCUCUCAAAUGCAAAUUCUGCGGCCAUGAUUGGGCUCAAAUCCAUGCCGGUCGACGUGAUGAAGUUUGCAUGUCAGUUGAUGGUGUUGGCUAUUUUGACGAGUACCUUUCCCAAGUGGAGGGUUGUAACAAUUGUCUGAAAGGUGUUGGGAAUUGCUUUAUGCCUGCACAACUCCUCACGAUCCUCGCCCGUGGAAUCACGCCUACACUUACUGCUAUUCUUUCCGAACAAGGUGUUGUCAUUAAUGAAUCGAUUUCCUACAAAGAUUGGAUUACUUUCUGCCAUGAUUUGGAAGUUUGCUUUAAAUCUCAUCUCAUGUCUGCUGAUUGCAAUGGCUGCCAUGGCAACUUUGGAUCUUUUGCUCAAAGUAACAUUCCUUCCAACAAUAAUGUUCCUCCUCAUAAACGCACGGCGACAAGUGAAACAGCUACUCAUUCCAACAAAUGUACUAGCUCUGAUAAUCCUUCGACAUCUGGCCCUUUUUACAUGCAUGCAUUUAGCAAAAUGCCAGACGCUAUGUAG